UCCCAGCCCCGAUCCCAGCCCCGAGCCGCCAGCGCUGCUCCGCGCCCCCAGGGUUUCCUCGGCUUCGCUGGAAGGCUGAGGAAUGUCUCUCACUAACUACAUCCAGAUGUGCCUACUUGGCAGCCCGCUGCACAGACAUUACCGAGGGGACACAGGAUCAGCGCUAUCAAAUGGGAUAUGAAGAACUGAUUAAAUAAGACAGAAGAUCUCCAGGAAAAGUAUGGACAGUGGUGCCAGGCAGCUCAAACACAGCUUUUAACAGUCCCAGGAACACCAGAGAGACAAUGAGAGUUCGCCCCAAAGGGGAUGUGAUCUGUACCCUCUUCUUGCUGGUAGUGCUUUGCUCUUUGCUCUAUUCCCAAGUGGAACAUUUAAUCCCGGCAGGAAAAAAGGAGCCAACACAGAACAAGCCUCGAGUAGCACCAAAAAUAUUCUCCAAUCCCAGAGCACCUCAGAGAUUGAUGCCAGCAGAGGCAACUGCACCCAGACCCCAAGUUACCCCUGUCAUGAGACAAACAGAAGUGGCCAAAAGCAGGGUCCAAACUACAACUCCACCCCCGCUGACUGAUUCUGCCUUCAACUUCAAGCUCUAUCUCCUAAACAAGGAUAACAGGAACUUCAAUCUCCUCAUUAACCAGCCCAGGAAAUGCCAAAAAACACCAGGAGGUCCCUUUCUGCUCAUUGCUAUCAAAUCAGUAGUUGAAGACUUUGACAGGCGUGAGAUUGUCCGGAAAACUUGGGGCAGAGAGGGUUCGGUGAAUGGGGAACAGAUCCAGCGAGUGUUCCUCCUGGGAACACCAAAGAAUAGGACAGUGCUGGCAACAUGGGAGACCCUGAUGCACCAGGAGAGUCAGACAUACCGGGACAUUUUACUCUGGGACUUCAUGGACACUUUCUUCAACCUGACCCUGAAGGAGAUCCACUUCCUGAGCUGGGCUGCUCAAUUCUGCCACAACGUGAAAUUUAUUUUUAAAGGUGACGCUGAUGUUUUUGUCAAUGUCGAGAACAUUGUUGAUUUCCUCAAGAGACACGAUCCCACUGAAGACCUCUUUGUUGGGGACAUCAUCUACAAUGCCCGUCCCAUCCGUGUCCGGAAGAGCAAAUACUACAUCCCAGAGACCAUGUAUGGGCUGAGCAUCUACCCUGCCUACGCGGGAGGAGGAGGGUUUUUGCUGUCAGGCUGCACCAUGAGGAAGCUCUCUAGGGCUUGCAGAGAGGUGGAGCUGUUCCCCAUUGAUGAUGUCUUUUUGGGCAUGUGCUUACAGAGAAUCAGCCUCAAGCCCAUUUUACAUGAAGGAUUCAAGACCUUUGGCAUUGUUAAGCCUUCUGCUGCCCCACACCUACAGACGUUUGAUCCCUGUUUUUACAAAGAUCUCAUGGUAGUUCAUAGCCUGAAAGUUGCUGAGAUCUGGCUAAUGUGGAACCUGCUCCACAGCCCACGGCUUUCCUGUACUCAGAAGAAGCAGGUGAAGAAGCCUUUCCAAUGGAAGAAGAAAGCUCAGACAACACCAGCAUCACCCCUCAGAUAAUGCAGGCAGAGUGCAGCACACACAGCAAACCAGCCAAGAAAGGGAGCCUGGAACCGACACAGCCCAAAAAACCAACUUUCUGAGUACUUUAACACAUCUUAUUCACAAUGUUAAGACAACAAAAUAUUGCAGGGAUUUGCCCAAAUUCCACAUUUGCACAUAUCAUGUGGGUCCAUCUGUACUAAUGAGUCCAAAUUAUCGUAACAUAUAUAUAUAUAAUUUAUUAUUAUUUAUUAGGAUUCUAGUAGUGCUUAGUGAGACAAUGUGUAAAAAGCACAUUGACAAAUGCAGCCCUUGGAGAUUUUUCAGCAUUGCUAGAAGUGUGAGAAAUGAAAGAAGACAUAGGGUAAGAACAGAUACCAGGGAGCACAAGGAUCAUUGUCAACUUGCUACUUGACUUGGAUUUAUUGAAAAAUGACCGAACAGUAAUUAGGGUACAGGAAAUCGAGUCCCCUUAGUGUCUGCUCAAAUCACAUCACUGCUGCCUGGUUGGUUUUCUGCAGGCCUUGUAAGAGGAGAACAACAAACAGCUGUUGAAAUGGGGUCCUAAUGUUGCAGUUCAGGUGGAUUACAAGAAAGCAAACUGGAUGAUGAGGCUGGCGUGGCUGGUGGAGCAAAAGACAGGUAAGUAGAUAACUAGAAAGGAGCAGACAAAGAGAAAGGACAAGAAUGUCAAAUUGAUCACUUUGAGUCUUGAUUUCUUGUCAUUCUUUUCAGCUCAAAUAUCUGCUCUACUGCCAUGGUCAAGACUCAAGGGACCAGUGGAGCAGGUUUUGGCACUUCCCCGAGCUCAGGGUCUCUGCACUAUGCUAACUAACAUUCAGGGAAAAUUCAGAAGUCAUUAACAGUAUUUGAUCCCUCUCACAAUCUGACCCAAAUUUUCAGAAGGUUUGCAUCUGGAGAGCUCCUUUGGCCUUUGUUUAUAAGGGUAACCCCACACAGAGUUGCUGCUUGCAUCACACUUGGGAGCUGCUUCAAACCAAAGAAUGGACUGGGCUGUUUCUACAGACCUUGGUGCUCUUGCUUAGCACAGUCAGCUGCAGAGAGCAGCCAGGACUUUCACAUACUGCUGCGGGUAUCACGUGAAGGGAGAAAGCUUUCAGACAAAAGGACUUCAGAAUAAAAGUCCAUCUAAAUUUAUUGCAAGAAUUAUACACACAGCAAUCUUUCUGCUGGGCUUCCCAAGGUUCAGUCAAGAACUUUUUAAGUAUUUUAAAAGCAUCAGACAAGAACACUGAAUUGCUCAGUUUUUCAAAGUAUAGUCCAGACUUUGAUGCAUUCUGUUUUUCCCAGCAGCAGACUACCUUAGAAGAAUAUACUUUUAUCAGACAUCAAAGCAGAAGUGAAUUCCUCUAAAUCAGAGUUAAAAAGCUAUGGAAUUCAUGGGGCCUGAAUUCACCUCUGAUACUGUGUUUGUUAAUUCUUUUACAAGUUUUUACGCCCUCAACAAAACUCCUGUCCAUCAGAGAAGCCCUUGGGAUGGAACAUCCACACAGCUUCAAAGGAAACUACAAUCAGCCAUAAAGGCCUAAAGUUCCUUUCUCUUGCAGAGAGGCUGCAGCACAGCUGCAUUUCAUAUCCGUGUGUAAGCUCCCUCCCACCCGCAGCACUCUGGGCUCAGUACUCAGUAACGAUGCUCAGACAGAACAGAAGGCUGGGCGUGUCUGGGGCAGACUACAAACAACAGCUUUACACGAUGGUGAUCAUCAUGAGUUCAAGCCUUACAAUAAUGUAUUUCCAAGAGAAGGUCAGCUAUAUAGAAAUGCAAAGUUUUCUACAUUUGGGAUAUUUUCAGGAUGCAAUCCUGAAAUACAAAAUGUUGACGUGAGCUUCACAAGGAGCUUUGCAAGGUGUGGAGCUAAGCCAAAGCCUCACUGGUAGGACAAAGUCACCCCCACCCCUGUCUGCUAACACAUGUGAUACUUGUGUAUUUAUGAAAUUGUACAGAAAUGUAUUACCUGUGAGUAGUUUACAGUUUGGGAAAUUAUUUAUACCAUCAUUAAAAGACAGCAUACAGAUGUGC